AUGAACUGGAAGUUGAGUUUGUUAAUUGUUUUGAUGCUCCUCUUCUCUGUUACACAAAACCCAACUUUGGCCAGAGUAACUUAUCCAUCUCACACGACAAGAGAAGGGAUUGGAGAUAUACGUAUCAAGAAAGGAAUGAAGAUUGGUUUUAGAGGGAGUUUCUCUAGAUCUGCUCAUCAUGGAAACGAUCCACCUAAGCAUGUCUAA